AUAUCCCGGGAUUCUAUUGCCAAUAUCUAGCCAAGAUGCCGGGUGUUAAGGCUGGUAUAGGCCCUUACUCUGAUGAGGCUGCCCCUAAGGUGGCUGAUUCGGUAAGGUACCUCAUGCCCAUCGCCAAGCUACUCUUCAUCUUGGUAGCAAUCCUAGGCUUUGGUUUCUGUAUGGCAAUGCUGCUGAUGGCUACUGUAGAAGCCAUAGAGAUAAAGGCUCUGACGAAUGGAGAGGGCAAGCUCAAAAACGCUGACAUGACCGCCCUGAGCAUAGCUAUCUGCCUGAGUCAUCUAGCGCUACACUUUCUAGGCUACCGAUGCAGGUUCAUGAAGCUACACUGGACGUCUUGGGACAGUGGGCUGUUCAUACUAGGAUUCGCGGUAGUUAUCUCUGCGUUCUUUGCAGUGUUCAUAGUGGUGUUACCAGGGAAGGGUACAAAUCUAGGAAAGUUCGAGAAAGAUGACAAUCGCACCUAUAUCGCCAUGGGAUUCACUGGCCUGGAGUUACUGGCAAUGUUCGGGUUCAUCAUAUGCGCUAUGAAGACACACUGCUUUGGUGGCUGCAUGACGCUUAACAAGAAGGUAUUCUAUACAUUUGCCUUUAUAUACAUGCUGGUGUUUUCCGCCCAUGCGUAUACACUAUAUGAGUUUAAGGAAAAUCCAGAGGAAUAUGGAAAUGAUGAUAAAAAUUGGCACAAGCACAGGUUCAUGGCCGCGGUUAACUACAUCUUCGUGAUUGGACUGUGUAUCAGUGCAUACCAGGUAAACCUAUGCUGCUUGUCAUUUACCAAGUGUGAUGCUGUCUUCAUAUUCCUGACUGGCACUGUCGUAGGCAUCUUGAUAACAAUAUGCCUGUCAAUGUUCCCGGAGAUUCAGCCUACCCAGUGGACUCUCGCAGGCCUUAUCGGUAUGCUAUAUAUACUCACGGUUGCACUGUUUUUGUACAUCCAUGCCAAGAGGCCGCUGUGCAGGUACUACAACCCAGAUGUAGUAACUUUCGGGAUAUUCGCGCUACUGUUCCUAUUAUUGGUAUCCACCUUGAUAGCCCUGGGAGUAAUGCAUCAAAAAAUUAUCAGCGGUAUCGCGGCAGACGCUAAAACCAUUGCCCCAAUAGCCAUAUUUGUGUACGGCUUCGUGGUAUUCGUUGUAAUGUUAAUCUUCGGUUUCAAGGGCAAUGCCAUGAAGGUUAUCAAGGCGUUCAUGAAGCAGGCACGUGACGAACGACUCGUUAAGAACGGCCAUGAGCUGGAUGUCAAACCUUUGUACGAACCAGGCGUUGAGACACCGGGUAGUGAAUGUAACCUUCGUGGACCGGAGUCAUCAGGAGGUGUCUUCCGUGAUUCGUGGUUACACCCAGCAAUGUAGUUUGUUAUACUAUCGGGAAUGUGUCCUGGAAUUUUAACACAUAAAGACUAAAGGUCGCCAACUAAUGCAGUUAAAAUGAAGAGAUUACUAUAAUUAAUGUAGUAUAAGCU